AUGCAUUGUUCGUCUCCAAAGAUGGUUUGCGAGACUAAAAUAGUUGCGGACGAACACGAUGCUAUAUCUGGGACCAAAAAAGAUUCUAUCAUCGUGUCCUCCUCGCAGAUGUGGAGCUCCUCUCCCUCCAGCGCGCCCCUGAGCCCAGCGGAGGAGAAGGACGGCAGGGCAGCGGACGCGGUUUUCAUCCGCGAGUUCGAGCGCGCGGACCAAGCGGAGGUGCGCCGCAUCUUUUACGAGGGCAUCAUGGAGCGGAUCCCCAACACGGCGUUCAGGGGGCUCAGACAGCAGCCCAACACCCAGUUCAUAUAUGCUCUACUGACAUUAAUGUGCUUUGUAAUGACCAAAUCCGUGGCGCUGACCUGCUGCACGCCCUUCAUUCUCAUGGGCGCGCGCUACUACUACAGCAGGAAAGUUAUCCACACUUACCUGGACUGUGCUCUCCACACGGACAUGGCUGACAUAGAGGCCUAUUACAUGAAACCCACAGGAUCCUGCUUCUGGGUGGCGGUGCUGGAGGGCCGUGUGGUGGGCAUCGUGGCGGCGCAGGGUCGUGAGGAGGACAACACGGUGGAGCUGCGGCGCAUGUCGGUGGACUCUCGCUACCGUGGCAAGGGUAUUGCCAAGGCGCUGGGCCGGCGCGUGCUGGAGUUCGCUGUUCGCAACAACUACGCCGCCGUGGUCCUGGGCACCACCGCCGUCAAACUGGCCGCGCACAAGCUGUACGAGUCGCUGGGCUUCCGCCGGACGGGCCAGAGCGAGGACUACAGGCUCCCCGGGAUGAGCCGCUCGCCACUAGAGAGGCUCUUCUUCCAGAUCCGCUACAGCCACUAUCGCCUGCAGCUCCGUGAGGAGUGA